AAGUGUGUUGCGCCACCACCCCAUCAACCAAAAGCAACAAGUUGCCAUUUCGUGUUUGAUAAAAAUUUUCGUAGGUUAGUUGUUGGUUAUAGUCUCGCGUAGCGGAAAACUCGAUAAACGUUUUAUUCGAAACUCUCAAGAGUUGGAGCAGAAAAUGUUCUGUUUUUUUGGUAUCGGACGCAAAGUAACGAUGAUGAAAGUUGUGGCAAUUGUAUUAUUUUUUUGUUUUGCGGAAUGCGCCGCAGGCUCCUGUCUCAAUUAUGGUCAUGCUUGUUGGGGAGCUCACGGUAAACGUACGAUGAAAUUAUCAGAUAGCAGAAUACCAAAAAGCAGAUGGUUCUUAUCGAAAUUGAUACAAGGUCCAAUAGAUUUUCGUUAUUUGAGAAAUCUGGACAUGAACAUUGCUGCCAAACACAACUCAGAUCCAUUUAUUGCCGACGAAGGGGAUUAUUCGAACGGACAAGAUCAAUGGCAGAUUUCUCAAGAUGAAUUAUCCGGAGAUCAGCUUUUCGAUGAUAACUUAUUAAACUCACCGGAAAGCAAUAGGAUACGAAUAAAUAAAAUUGGGGAUAACCGAUCAGCUAAUUAAGUCGAAGUGACGAGAAGGCUCACAUUCAAAUUCAAUCCGAAAAUGUACUGAUUUAUUGUAAUUUCUAUUAACCGGCAUCUAAAACUCAUCAGUUGUUUAGCUGGAAAACAACCGGUGAUAUAAACAAUUUGCUAAAUUUAUUUUUCAUAGAUUUUAAUGUUGUGACGUGUGAUAUGGUUUAAAUAAAUGUUGUUUUUGUUCAA